UCUCGUCUUCUUCUUCUUCAUCUUCUCUCUCUGAAUCUGCCGUUACGGGAAGCUUUGUACCAACUCCACAUGCAUUGUACAUAGACUUGAAGCUUCGUCUUCUUCUUCACAGCUUCGUCUUCUCUCACCGUCUUCGUGACGACUGUCUCCCUGCAAUGGCUGCUGCUGAUGGUUCAUUCGAAGCGGGGAAACCAAAGUCUGUUGGUAUAAUGGAUGGGAAUGGAAAUUUACCUGUGAAGUAUCCAAGCUUUAAGUUAGCGAAGCCGAGCUUCAAUGACGGGGGCCAACAGUGUGCCUUAGAUGCCUUCCCCCUUCUUGUCAAGGAGGCUGCUUUUCCUGUGGAUCAAGCGAGUGCAGUUGACACACUCGAGCAAGACGUGUGUACUAUCUCGGUUUUACCUGAGGAAGGAGCAAUCAGCCCGCAAUGUGCCUCACGAUUUACACUGUUGAGCUUCAUCAAGGCUCUUCUUCCAUCUAAAGAUCAAAUGUUCCUUGAUGCACAGCUGAAUUGUCAGAAAACUCAGAACUGCAUCAAUGUGUUAUUGGGAGGAGGUACAGAUUCCUACCAGUCAUGCAUUGUAGAUAUAAACGUUGAGAAGGGGAGCGCUGAAACGGUGAAAUCACAUGAUGAAGUUGUGGGAAGUGUGAAAUCUGAGAGUGUACAUACACAAAAGGUAUUGCAGAGACAAGCAAGCUUGAGUACAGAUAAAGCAGUGUCUGAGAGAUGCCAUGAUGCCCCAACCAACAGAUGGAGAAAAUACAAACGAGCUGCUUCAUUUGAUUCAAGGAAAGUCGUCAUCUUAUUCUCCCUGCUAUCAAGUGUGGGGACAUUGAUACUGAUCUACCUGACAUUGAGAGUGAAGCAGCAAAACGGUGACGUCCUCUUGAAUCAUGUCUAGCUGUUAAAACGUCUCUUUUGUCCUCUUUUUUUUUUUUUGUUCCUUCUGUGUUUUUGUUGUUUGAAAUCCCAUCAUCCCACAGCUCUCCUUUCCUUUUAGCUGAACUCUCCUCCUCCCAUUUGGUUCUCUGUGUGCAUAUAACUUAGUUGCCUGCAUU